CGCCCCCGCCCUGCCGGCCACUGCGAGAGCCGGAGCCGGAGCCGCCGGGACGCCGCCAUGGAGGCCACCGGGGUGCUGCCGUUCGUACGCGGCGUGGACCUCAGCGGCAACGACUUCAAGGGUGGCUACUUCCCUGAGAAUGUCAAGGCCAUGACCAGCCUGCGAUGGCUGAAGCUGAACCACACAGGCCUCUGCUACCUGCCCGAAGAGCUAGCUGCCCUGCAGAAGCUGGAGCACCUGUCUGUGAGCCACAACAACUUGACCACGCUGCACGGGGAGCUGUCUAGCCUACCUUCUCUGAGGGCCAUUGUAGCCCGAGCCAAUAGCCUGAAGAACUCCGGAGUCCCUGAUGACAUCUUCAAGCUGGAUGACCUCUCAGUCCUGGACUUGAGCUACAACCAGCUGACAGAGUGCCCAAGGGAGCUGGAGAACGCCAAGAACAUGCUGGUUCUCAACCUCAGCCACAACAGCAUCGACACCAUCCCCAACCAGCUGUUCAUCAACCUCACAGACCUGCUGUACCUGGACCUCAGUGAGAACCGCCUGGAGAGCCUGCCACCACAGCUGCGCCGCCUGGUGCACCUGCAGACCCUGGUGCUCAACGGAAACCCGCUGCUGCACGCCCAGCUCCGGCAGAUCCCGGCAAUGACAGCCUUGCAGACCCUGCACCUGCGGAACACGCAGCGCACGCAGAGCAAUCUCCCGACCAGCCUGGAGGCCCUGAGCAACCUUGCAGACGUGGACCUGUCGUGCAAUGACCUGACAAGGGUGCCCGAGUGUCUGUACACGCUCCCUAGCCUGCGCCGCCUCAAUCUCAGCAGCAACCAGAUCUCCGAGCUGUCUCUGUGCAUCGACCAGUGGGUGCAUGUGGAGACCUUGAACCUGUCCCGCAACCAGCUCACCUCACUGCCUUCCGCUAUCUGCAAGCUGACCAAGCUGAAGAAGCUGUACUUGAACUCCAACAAGCUGGACUUUGAUGGGCUGCCCUCCGGCAUUGGCAAGCUGACCAGCCUGGAGGAGUUCAUGGCCGCCAAUAACAACCUGGAGCUGAUUCCAGAAAGUCUGUGCAGGUGCCCAAAGCUGAGGAAACUGGUCCUGAACAAGAAUCGCUUGGUGACACUCCCAGAGGCCAUCCACUUCCUGACAGAGAUUGAGGUCCUGGAUGUGCGGGAGAACCCCAGUCUGGUCAUGCCACCCAAACCUGCUGACCGUACCGCUGAGUGGUACAACAUCGACUUCUCGCUGCAGAACCAGCUACGGCUGGCGGGUGCCUCCCCUGCCACCGUGGCCGCAGCAGCAGCUGGGAGUGGGCCCAAGGACCCCCUGGCUCGAAAGAUGAGGCUGCGAAGACGCAAGGACUCUGCUCAGGAUGACCAGGCCAAACAAGUGCUGAAGGGCAUGUCAGAUGUGGCCCAGGAGAAAAACAAGAAGCAGGAGGAGAGUAUAGACACUCGUGCCCAAGGGGGAAAGGUGAAGCGCUGGGACCAAGGCCUGGAGAAGCCUCGCCUUGACUACUCUGAGUUCUUCACGGAGGACGUGGGCCAGCUGCCUGGCUUGGCCAUCUGGCAGAUCGAGAACUUUGUGCCUGUGCUAGUAGAGGAAGCCUUCCACGGCAAGUUCUACGAGGCUGACUGCUACAUUGUGCUCAAGACCUUUCUGGAUGACAGUGGCUCCCUAAACUGGGAAAUCUACUACUGGAUCGGCGGGGAGGCCACGCUGGACAAGAAAGCCUGCUCUGCCAUCCAUGCCGUCAACCUCCGCAACUACCUGGGAGCUGAGUGCCGUACUGUCCGGGAGGAAAUGGGUGACGAGAGCGAGGAGUUCCUGCAAGUGUUUGACAAUGACAUCUCCUACAUUGAGGGUGGGACGGCGAGUGGCUUCUACACUGUGGAGGACACACACUACAUCACCAGAAUGUACCGCGUGUAUGGGAAAAAGAACAUCAAACUGGAGCCUGUGCCUCUCAAAGGAGCCUCCUUGGACCCAAGGUUUGUGUUCUUGCUGGACCAAGGGCUGGACAUUUAUGUGUGGCGGGGGGGCCAGGCCACCCUGAGCUGCACCACCAAGGCCAGACUCUUUGCAGAAAAAAUUAACAAGAAUGAGCGGAAAGGGAAGGCAGAGAUCACCCUGCUGGUGCAGGGCCAGGAGCCUGCUGAGUUCUGGGAGGUGCUGGGUGGGGAGCCCUCUGAGAUCAAGACGCAUGUACCUGAUGACUUCUGGCCACCCCAGCCCAAGCUGUACAAGGUGGGCCUGGGCCUAGGCUACCUAGAGCUGCCACAGAUCAACUAUAAACUCUCAGUGGAACAUAAGAAGCGGCCCAAGGUGGAGCUAAUGCCCAGGAUGCGGCUGUUGCAGAGCCUGCUAGACACACGCUGUGUGUACAUUCUGGACUGUUGGUCUGAUGUGUUCAUCUGGCUUGGCCGCAAGUCCCCACGCCUGGUACGCGCUGCAGCACUCAAGCUGGGCCAGGAGCUGUGUGGGAUGUUACACCGGCCACGCCAUGCUGCUGUCAGCCGCAGCCUCGAGGGCACCGAGGCACAGGUAUUCAAGGCCAAGUUCAAGAAUUGGGAUGAUGUGUUGACUGUGGACUACACGCGCAAUGCAGAGGCUGUGCUGCAGGGGCCAGGGCUCUCUGGGAAGGUUAAACGUGACACAGAGAAGAAAGACCAGAUGAAGGCUGACCUCACUGCGCUCUUCCUGCCACGGCAGCCGCCGAUGCCACUAGCAGAGGCAGAGCAGCUGAUGGAAGAAUGGAACGAGGAUCUGGAUGGCAUGGAGGGCUUCGUGUUGGAGGGCAAAAAGUUUGCACGGCUGCCUGAGGAGGAGUUUGGCCACUUUUACACACAGGACUGCUACGUCUUCCUCUGCAGGUACUGGAUACCAGCGGAAUAUGAAGAGGAUGAGAAGAAGGAACACAAAGAUGAGGGGAAAACUGAGAAGACUGGCAAAGAAGGGGAGGAGACAGCAGCUGAAACGGAGGAGAAACAGCCGGAGGAGGACUUCCAGUGCAUCGUGUACUUCUGGCAGGGCCGGGAAGCUUCCAAUAUGGGCUGGCUCACCUUCACCUUUAGCCUGCAGAAGAAGUUUGAAAGCCUCUUCCCGGGCAAGCUAGAGGUGGUGCGCAUGACACAGCAGCAGGAGAACCCCAAGUUCCUAUCUCAUUUCAAGAGGAAGUUCAUCAUCCACCGGGGCAGGAGGAAGAUGGCUCACAGUGCCCAGCAGCCGAACCUCUACCAGAUCCGUACCAACGGCAGUGCCCUCUGCACCCGGUGCAUACAGAUCAACACUGACUCCAGCCUCCUCAACUCUGAGUUUUGCUUCAUCCUUAAGGUUCCCUUUGAGAGUGAGGACAACCAAGGCAUCGUGUAUGCCUGGGUGGGCCGGGCAUCAGAUCCUGAUGAAGCCAAGCUGGCAGAAGAUAUCCUAAACACCAUGUUUGAUGCCUCCUACAGCAAACAGGUCAUCAAUGAGGGUGAGGAACCUGAGAACUUCUUCUGGGUGGGCAUCGGGGUACAGAAGCCCUAUGAUGAUGAUGCGGAGUACAUGAAGCACACACGGCUCUUCAGGUGCUCCAAUGAGAAGGGUUAUUUCGCAGUGACUGAGAAAUGCUCUGACUUUUGCCAGGAUGACCUGGCAGAUGAUGACAUCAUGUUGCUAGAUAAUGGCCAAGAGGUCUACAUGUGGGUAGGGACCCAGACCAGCCAGGUAGAGAUCAAACUGAGUCUCAAGGCCUGCCAGGUAUACAUCCAGCACAUGCGUUCCAAAGAGCAUGAGCAGCCUCGCCGCCUGCGCCUGGUCCGAAAGGGCAAUGAACAGCAUGCCUUCACCCGCUGCUUCCAUGCCUGGAGCACCUUCCGGCAGGCCCUGACCUAGAUGGUCCUCGGGGCAUCCCCACCUCCAGCAAGGAAGGAGGGGCUUUCUGUCCACUGCCACUAGCCAAGAAUCUGCACAGGUGACAGUGCCCCAUCCCCCACAGCACAGUCCCAAGCAGCACCAAUGGGGGGGAACCUCCCACACACGGUGCUGAGCACAUGUGUGAGUCCCCCUACCCCUUGCUAGGGAUAAAUCGGAUGUAGUUGCCCUCUAAGAUAUUAAAUGCUUUUAUUUUCAA